UUUAACGAAAUAGUGCUAUACUGACUGUAUUCACUUUGUGACGUUCAUGUGACGUUAACCAUCCUCUAAGGGUUAAGAACUUCUUUUCCAGGAAUAUGUUAUGAUGCAAGAUAAUUAUUUUAACAAGUUAUCCCAUUUCGCAGAUAUACACACUGAAGGAGGAGGUGCUGUUGAGGGAGGAGACCUGGAGACCAUCUCCCUGUGAUGUUUAUAUCUUCAUGCUGAUGGAGGGAGACACGUUCAUCCAUCAUGCUGAUGUCAGCCAUUAUCACGUGUCCACCGCCAACCAUCAGUCCCCCCACGCCCUCUGGAACUACCACGCCUACUACAUACUUCUUCUCUUCCGCUCUGGAAACGCCACUCUCAAUCCCUCAAAUGUAGCAAAACUUUACAACUUGAGGAAAACUGAGAAAUUACUGAUCUUACAGCAACGAGAGAAUCAUCUGGUGGCAUGGACCCACCAGCUGUAUUCCACCUCGACAAAACUAACCUUUCUUGACACCUGGAGGGACGGAAAAUUCCAAAGAGGCGGGACUCUCUUCCCGGAGAAGCUGGUUGAUAUGCAAGGAGCUGUCUUACGUGUGGCCACGUUUGAUCAUCCUCCGAGCGUUGUCUACGUCCGUGACGACCACCAGAGCGUCGUCGGCCGCCUGGGAGUUGACGUACAGAUUGUGAAAACACUUGCAAGGGCUAGAAACUUUUCAAUCGAAUAUAUUGAAAUUAGCCCUGAUGAGAUGUGGGGAUUUGAGCUUCCGAACGGCACUUGGGUCGGCCUGGUUGGGAAGGUGUUCUAUGAGUUGGCAGACAUUGGCACAUGUAAUCUGUUCAUAGAAUUAUACAGGUGGAAACAGCUUGAUUACUCAACUCCUUAUAACUUCGACCGCGGCUGCUUCGUGGCUCCCGCCCCCAAGCCACUGUCCAGUUGGAAGUCUCCUGUGAUGCCAUUCACUUGGGACACGUGGAGCUCUGUGGUCGUGGCUCUGGGAGUGGGCGGUGGCCUCCUGUAUCUUGUGGCCACUCUCAGCCACAGUCCAGAGUCAGCAGACUUCCGAAGUCUGUCUUAUGAUUACCUUUACAUCCUGGGCGCCUUAACAAUGCACUCCCUUAAAAUUGUACCAUUGAACGCACCGAUGCGCGUGUACAUGGGGUUUGUGUGGCUGUUUGGUCUCAUCGUCGCUACAGCUUACUCUGCCAAUUUGGUGGCUUUUUUAUCCUUCACUCCAAUGUCAACACCAAUCGACACAUUAGAUCAACUAUCAAAAAGCAGCCUGCAGAUUGGCAGUCACGCCUUCUGGCAGACACAGUUUUCUGAGUCCACAGACCCAAUUAUUCGUGGCUUUGCUGACAAUUUAGUAACUAAUGUAGACCUUCACUCUCUCUUUGAUGCUGUCAAAGAUGGGAAAUUUUCCCUGAUCGAAAACAAGCAAUAUUUAGAGCUGGAGAUUGGCUCACGCUUCACGUAUGGUAGUCACACCUUUAUUCGCGUUGUGUCCGAGUGCCUUCUUACUUACAGCAUCGGCCUCGGCUUCCAGAAGAACUCCCCUUUAAAGUCUUAUUUCGACGGCCUCAUCUUGCAGUUGUUUGAGUCUGGAAUGAUAUACAAGUGGCAGAAGGAAGUUGUGGCAUACUUCAGGGCCCAAUACGCCAGCAGGCGACCCACUGAUCAGGAGGACUCACGUACCAGGCCCCUUAACUUGACCCACCUCCAAGGCGUGUUCCAUGUGCUGGGCAUUGGAUGCCUUGCCUCGGCAUUACUUUUGGUGCUAGAAAUAAUCGGCACCACACGAACACACCGGAACACUUUCUCGACAGCUAACAAUCUUAUCAGGUAAUUCCUUGAAUGUGGUAGUUCUUAAAGUGUUAGACAAAUUUAUCAACAUUUGCGUAUUCUAUGUGUCU